AUGGAAAUGGACAUCGCAGUUUAUACAAAGUGGGUGUACCCGAUUUGGUUGGGGAUGACGCGAAUGUCCGACCCUUGCCGAUCAGAGGCAAAACAUAGAACUUCCAAUUGCAUUUGCUUUUUUGUCUUCAGUACCUUUCAAUCUCCGCGUAACUCCAUCCGAGAAAAAGGGGUAAAUCAACUCAACGUCGGUGCCGAGUCGGUCAACCCUACAACAUACUAG